AUGGAAGCUUCAACAAACAGUUUAUCUAGUGACGAUAUGUCUCCUCCACAAGAAACGACAUCAAAUCCUUUUAAAACUGUAUUGCAUAAAUUUGCUCAGAAGAAAAAGGAACGUGCCGGAGCUAUAAAUCUUAACAAUACAGCACAAUCGAGUUUUUUCUCGCGAGGAAAAAGCAAAACAGCGGCACAGCAAAAACCACAAGUAUUAUCGGGGUCUGUGAAGGAAGUAGUUACAGGCCAAUUACCGCCAGUGUGGGCGACGCCGUCACCAGCACCUUCUAGGAUACUAUCAUCCUCUCUCGACUCGGUCUCUCCGCGCAUACGAAGUGUGUCAGUGGGUAGCGAUAGUGAAGACAUGACUAUUAAAUCACUAAACCUUCACAAUCGGAAUCAUCACUCCUUGCAUGAAGAUGAGAUUGAACAAGAGACGGAUGAGAUUUCACAUCGAGAGGAGACCGCAGUCACUUCUGGUAUACCGUCACGCAACGCAUCGGGGAAUUUACGCUACACGCAAUUUGAGCGAUUAUUGGCAAAGGAAGUCGUCGAUAUAGACCAACUUCGCAAGCUCAGCUGGGGUGGCAUUCCUACUAAUUAUCGACCAACAGUCUGGCGACUAUUAUUGGGCUAUAUGCCGUCUAAAAAAGAUCGACGCGAGGCAAUGUUGAAGCGAAAGCGUCAAGAAUACGUUGAACUGCUCCAACAAUAUUAUUAUAUCCCAGAUACGGAUCGGGGAACACGAGAGCAAACGACCUUGCGGCAAAUUCUUGUUGAUAUACCACGCACUAAUGCUGAUGUACGACUUUUCCAAAAUGAGCGCAUACAUCAAUCGAUGGAGCGCGUUCUCUACAUUUGGGCAAUCCGACACCCUGCGAGUGGCUACGUGCAGGGUAUCAAUGACCUCAUGACGCCGUUUCUGGUUGUUUUUCUUUCCGCUUUCAUCGAUGAUCCACAAAUGUGUGAUUUGUCUAGCGUAUCGGAUGAAACUUUACAAAUUAUAGAAGCAGACAGUUAUUGGUGCUUAACAAAACUUCUUGAUGACAUUCAAGAUCACUACACAUUUGCUCAACCGGGUCUUCAGCGUAUGGUGCAGCGUAUGGAGGAACUUGUUCACAGAUGCGAUUCAGAUCUUUUUGAGCAUAUUGUGGAACGGGAGAAUGUCCAAUUUGUGCAGUUUGCGUUUCGCUGGAUGAAUUGUUUAUUGAUGCGCGAGCUCCCAUUGGAUGGGAUCGUCCGUAUCUGGGAUACUUAUCUUUGUGAAGACUCGGGCUUUGAGAGCUUUCAUGUAUACGUUUGCGCUGCCAUUCUGAUGACAUUUGGAGACAAACUCAAAACGUUGGAAUUUCAAGACCUAGUUCUCUUUUUGCAAAGUCUUCCGACAAAAGAUUGGGUGGAAAACGAGAUUGAGCCUCUUCUUUCACGCGCUUUUAUCUUGCAAACCUACUUUGCCGACGCCCCGAGUCACCUUUCAUCACAAGCUGCUCAACAGGAAAUGUAG